UCCACUCAUAUUCCAUUCCUUUCUUUCUUUCAUCACUGCACUGCAGCCAAGUGCCAGCUCAGGAUCAGUCCAUUUUUCUUUCUCUCCAUUUACUACUACUCCUAAGGCCUACCUACCUAGGAGUUAGGAACCUCUCUCCACUGUCUCGAAUUGCAUCAAAAUCUUCAUUUUCAUCCAAAUUAAAUCCCUCUUUCCUAGCUCUUUCUCUAUUUGACUCCUCCAACAAAACAGGAAGAUUCUCAUUCUCCCAGGUGAAGUGGUGAAAAUGUUGGAGAAAGUGGGAGAGUUUUAUAACAUGGACAAGGUUAUAGAAGAAUUUGAGUCACUCACAAAGGAUGCAGGAAAGGUUCAGAGAGAAACUCUCAAGAGAAUUUUGGAGGAUAAUGCAUCAGCUGAGUAUUUGCAGAAUUUGGGCCUUAAUGGGAGAACUGACCCUGAUAGUUUCAAGGCCUGUGUUCCCAUGGUUACACACAAAGAUUUGGAACCUUAUAUCUACAAAAUCAUUGAUGGCGAAUCUUCUUCUAUUCUCACUGGAAAACCCAUCACAACUAUGUCUUUAAGCUCUGGCACUACUCAGGGGAAGCCAAAGUAUCUCCCAUGGAAUGAUGAGUUGUUUGAAACCACCAUGCAGAUUUAUAAGACCUCUUUUGCCUAUAGGAACAGAGAGUUUCCUAUGAAAAAUGGGAAGGCUUUAAGCUUUAUCUAUGGUAGCAAACAGUUCAAAACAAAAGGGGGUCUGGUAGCAAGAACUGCUACAAGCAAUUUGUUUCGCAGUCCGGGUUACAAGCAUGCAAUGAAGGCAUUGCAAUCUCAAUGCUGCAGCCCAGAUGAAGUGGUAUUUGGUCCUGAUUUUUUCCAAUCCUUAUACUGCCACUUGCUAUGCGGCCUCAUUUUCCGCGAGGAAGUUCAAUUAGUGUCUUCUACAUUUGCUCAUAGCAUCGUCCAUGCUUUCAGAACCUUUGAACAAGUGUGGGAAGAGCUCUGCACUGAUAUCAGAGAAGGGGUUCUCACAAGCAGAGUUACAGUGCCAUCUAUUAGAAUGGCCAUGUCUAAAAUACUCAAACCAAAUCCAGAACUAGCAAACUUGAUUCACAAGGAAUGUGUUGGGUUGAGCUAUUGCAACUGGUAUGGUUUGAUACCAGAGCUUUUUCCCAAUGCAAAGUACAUUUAUGGCAUCAUGACAGGGUCAAUGGAGCCAUAUUUGAAGAAACUGAGGCACUAUGCAGGGGAGAUGCUGCCUUUGUUGACUGCUGAUUAUGGAUCUACUGAAGGUUGGAUUGCUGCAAAUGUGAACCCAAAACUUCCACCUGAAAUGGCUACUUAUGCUGUGUUGCCCCAUAUUGGUUACUUUGAGUUCAUUCCAUUGACAGAGCUAGAGAAUGAUUUUUUCCUUUGCAUUGAUCCAAAUCCAGUAGGACUCACUGAAGUCAAGAUAGGUGAAGAGUAUGAAAUUGUUAUGACCAAUCCAGCAGGUUUGUACCGGUAUAGGCUAGGAGAUGUGGUAAAGGUGAUGGGGUUCCAUAACUCGACUCCGGAACUCAAAUUUGUUCGCCGGAGCAGCCUUCUGUUGAACAUUAACAUUGACAAGAACACUGAGAAGGAUUUGCAGCUAGCUGUGGAAGCAGCUGCCAAAUUUUUAGCAGAGGAGAGAGUGGAAGUUGUUGACUUCACUAGCCAUGUUGAUUUAACCACAGAACCAGGUCACUAUGUAAUUUUCUGGGAAAUCAGUGGUGAAGCAAGUGAAAAACUACUCAGUGAAUGCUGCAAUUGUUUAGACAAGUCUUUCAUUGAUGCGGGCUACACUAGUUCUCGCAAAGUUAACUGCAUUGGGCCCCUUGAACUCCGAGUUGUUAGGAGGGGAACAUUCCAGAAGGUUCUUGAUCAUUACCUUGGAUUAGGAACCGCUGUUAGUCAGUACAAGACACCAAGAUGUGUUGGUUCUUCAAACAGCAGAGUGUUGCAAAUCUUGUGUGACAAUGUUGUUAAGAACUAUCUCAGUACUGCUUUCAAUUGAUUGAAAAUUGGAUAUAGCUAGCAAUAUAUAUAUUUGUAUAAAGUGGUAUUAGUUUGAUUGGAUUGUGCAAUAUUAAUCUUUGGCUAUGUAUGUUUCAGUCAUCACACACCA